AUGAGAGCUUUGGCAUAUUUUAAGAAGGGUGAUAUUCAUUUCACCAAUGAUAUUCCUAAGCCGGAAAUCCAGGCCGACGACGAAGUCAUCCUCGAUGUCUCCUGGUGUGGGAUUUGCGGUUCGGACUUACACGAAUACACGGAUGGGCCAAUCUUUAUGCCGAAGGAUGGGGAAUGCCAUCCCCUGUCCAGCGCUGCUUUACCACUGGCAAUGGGACACGAAAUGUCCGGUAUUAUUUCGAAAGUGGGGCCUAAAGUGACAAAGGUCAAAGUGGGCGACCAUGUGGUCGUCGAAGCCGGUAGUUGUUGUGCCGAUUUGCAUUGCUGGCCGCAUUCGAAACAUUACAAUUCCAAGCCUUGCGAUGCCUGCAAGAAGGGCUGUGAGAACCUUUGUACACAUGCGGGUUUCAUUGGGCUAGGCGUGAUCAGUGGUGGGUUUGCUGAACAAGUCGUUGUCACUGAGCACCAUAUCAUCCCGGUCCCCAAGGAAAUCCCGUUGGAUGUGGCUGCCUUAGUGGAACCUUUGUCUGUUACCUGGCACGCAGUCAAGCUGUCAGGCUUCCAAAAAGGUAGUUCAGCUUUGGUUCUUGGUGCGGGCCCUAUUGGGUUGUGUACCAUCUUGGUACUAAAGGGAAUGGGCGCCGGCCAGAUAGUGGUCUCUGAAGUUGCAGAAAGAAGGAUGGAAAUGGCCAGACGCCUAGGUGUCGAGAUUUUUGACCCUAGGAAGCACGGCGAGAAAUCCGUGGAAGCACUACGUGGUUUGACCAAGAGCCACGACGGGUUUGAUUACAGUUAUGACUGUUCUGGUAUUCAAGCUACUUUCGAUGCCUCCUUAAAAGCAUUAACGUUUAAGGGAACUGCCACUAACAUUGCAGUUUGGGGCCCAAAUCCUGUACCAUUCCAGCCAAUGAACGUCACUCUUCAAGAGAAGAUAAUCACCGGUUCGAUUGGCUAUGUCGUCGAUGAUUUUGAAGAGGUCGUCCAGGCGAUUCACAACGGUGACAUCACCAUUGAAGACUGUAACCAUUUGAUUACAGGUAAGCAGAAAAUCGAAGAUGGUUGGGAAAAGGGAUUUGAGGAACUAAUGAACCAUAAGGAGUCCAACGUCAAGAUUCUGUUGACUCCCAACAAUCACGGUGAAAUGAAGUAA